ACAUCCGCCUGACUCGCCUGUGUUUACAAAUCAGCAGACACGGCAACACGACGGAAUGGCGAGACCUGCGUGAUUCAUACAGGUAGCUGGACUUACGAUAAGAACGAUUCCAUCAUUCGACUGAGGGGAAUCCCAACGCUCUCUCUGACGGUCCUGCUGGGUCGCAGACAUGCAGCACCCAAACUUCGAGACCCACCACCCGCUGCAGACCAGUGAGCAGCAGGAGACGGGCUUUGACCCACUGCACAACUUCAACCAGAACCACCGGGGAUCUCUGGACAGCAGUACUUACUCCCAGUCCCAGGCGACCUUCCUCUCGUAUAGGAGAGAGUGGGACGACCUGUUCCUCAACAGUAACUACCUGGCCAGGACGCGGCAGGCUGGCCUCAGCGGGCGUCUCCGUAGCAGCCGCUUCCGCAGUGUGUGCUGGAAGUUGUAUUUGGAGGUGCUUCCUGAAGACAAGGGGGAGUGGAUCAACAGAAGCAAGGAGGUGCGUGCCCAGUAUGAGAAGAUCAAAGAGAAGCACAUCACCAACCCACGUAAGGCCGCGGGUCAGCAGGACCUGGUAGUGAACAACCCCCUCUCCCAAGACGAAGGGAGCCUGUGGAACAAGUUCUUCCAGGACAAGGAGCUGAGGAGUAUGAUCCGGCAAGAUGUGAUGAGAACGUUCCCCGAGAUGCGUUAUUUCCAGGAGGAGGAUGUGAGGACCAUGCUUACAGACAUCCUCUUCUGCUACGCCAGGGAGAACGAACAGUUACUGUACAAGCAGGGCAUGCACGAGUUGCUGGCUCCCAUCGUGUUUGUGUUGCACUGCGACCACCAGGCUUUCCAGCAUGCCAGUGAGACGGCCAACCCCAGCGAGGAGAUGAUGACUCUGCUGGACCCUAACUACCACGAGCACGACUCCUAUGCCAUGUUUUCCCAGCUGAUGGAGACGACGGAACCCUGGUUCUCCAGCUUUGAGAGGCAGAUCAGGAAGGGGAAGGGAGAGAUGCUGACCACCAUCCCGUUUGCCCGGCCUCAGGACACCGGCCCCUCUGUUGCCAUAGUGACCAAAGUCAACCGUAUCCAGGACCAGCUUGUGAAGAAGCACGAUGUGGAGCUGCACAUGCACGUCAACCGGCUGGAGAUUGCCCCCCAGAUCUAUGGCAUCCGGUGGGUGCGUCUGCUCUUCGGCCGGGAGUUCCCCCUGCAGGACCUGCUGGUGGUGUGGGACGCGCUGUUCGCAGACAGCAUCACCCUGGACCUGGUGGACUACAUCUUCGUGGCCAUGCUGCUCUACAUCCGAGACGCGCUGAUUGCUAGCAACUUCCAGACCUGCCUGGGCCUUCUUAUGCACUACCCUCCCAUCGGAGACAUCCAUUCACUGCUCCACAAGGCCCUGUUCCUCCGAGAUCCCAAGAACAAUCCGCGGCCCUUCAACUAUCAGUUCCAACAGAACCUGGACUACUACAAGACGAGGGGAGCGGACCUGGUCAACAAGACCCGCGCCCCCGGCAGUGCCAAAGCGCCCCCCCUCAACAUCAACAAGGUGUCCAGCAGCCUGCUCAACUUUGGCAGGAAGCUCAUCUCCCCGGCCGUCCAGGGCAGCCCGGCCGUCUUCUCGCCCAUCAACACCGAGGUGCACUCCUCCUCCUUCACCGCCGCCGCCGCCGCGCCUCCCGUCUUCUCCUCCUCCUCCACCCCGGGGCCCAUGCAGCCGCCUCCGCCCCGCCCCCUGCUGGAGACGCUCAACAGCCAGGGCCCGGAGCAGCACCCGCGCCUGCUCAAGUCAGAGAGCAUGCCCGCGCACCUCAGCAAAGAUGUAGUUUCAGGCGACACGUCACAGGAAACUCUCCCAGUUCAGAAUUACAAUGACACACAAGGGCAACGGUCCAGGGCGGUGAGCUCCUCCCCCAGCGUGGAGAGCCUGGGCAUCGGGGGGCGGGGUCACAGCACGGCCUCCCCUCCCCUCCCGCCCUCCAGGGGGAGCGACGCCAGCGCCGCCUCCCCGCCGCUCUCUGCCAGCAGGAAGGAGUCCUUCUUCAACAUCACGCGCUCGCGCUCCCACAGCAAGAGCAUGGGCAAGAAGGACAACGAGGAAGAUUUGGAGGCCCAGGUGUCCUUCCUACAGGGCCAGAUCAACGACCUGGAGGCCAUGAGCAAGUACUGUGCCAAGAUGAUGAACACGCACAUCUGUAAGAUCCAGGACGUGAUUCUACAGGAACACAUAGAGAAGGAAGAUGAGGUGCUGGUGUCCCUGGCUGGACUCAAGCAGAUCAAAGACAUCCUCAAGGGGGCGCUGCGCUUCAACCAGAGCCAGCUGGAGGCUGAGGAGAAUGAGGAGAUCUCCAUCGCUGACGACCACUACACCACAGCCUCCAACGCCGCCGCCGCCGCCGCUGCUGCCGCCGCCGCUGCCUCUGCUGCCACCGCCACCGGCGAACGACCACCCACCAGCAGUCUACCAGGCCGCGAGUCGGAGCGCGACCGCAGCCUGAGCGUGGAAGACAAAGAGGAAGAGGCGGAGGAGGAAGAGGAAGAAGAGAAGGAGGAGGGGAAGGAUCCACAGGUCCAUACGCCACAAGAAAAACAGGUGGCGCCACCAGCAGCUCCAGAGGGGAAGCACUUUGACGACUACAUCCUGGUGUCCCAGGAGGGAGAACUGCCGGCGCCGGUCGGGGGCAGCGCCCGGGGGGGGGACAUCGGCGAAGGAGGAGGCGGAUCCACGCCUCCCGUCAGGAGGGGGCGGGGCUCGGUGCGUCUGGAGCCCGAGGGCUUGGCCGGGGGCUUCCAGGACCCCCUGAUCGCCUGCGUGGUCACCUCUGGCUCCUCCAGCCCAGACGAGGGCUCCACCAACAGCAAAGACUCUGACUUCACCAUCGUCAACCCAAAUGAUCUGUGAACGCGCCGCGCGCUCGGAGGACGCUCUCCCCCCUUCACCCGCGGUAAAGAAUACAAACUUGCACCUGUGGACUAAAGACACUUUCCUAGCUUCGUUAGAUCAGCCACUUUGCCAUCGAUACCUUAUAACCUAUCCCCCUCUCUCUCUCUCUCUCUCGUUGUUCUUUUUAUUAUUCUCUGACCUGAGGCUGUACGCUAUCUACAUUUACCUACCGUAGGCCUGUCCUCUCCCUCUAUGCUUAGGCUUCCUCUGGCAACCAUCUAACCUCACUCAUCCCAUGACUUUUAACCGUAGCGCCAUUUUCUGUCAGCAGGGGUCGCCAACAGACCACGUUACUGUGUCUCGAUGCCGUUGCGCUCCAAACUUCACGUUAAGAACUGGGAGUCAAAGCUCCCCAGUACUUGCCAUAAGCCAACUGUACUAAUUGCAAAAUCUCUGGCUGUCCCCGAGUGCGGAGACAUAGCCAAUAUUCUGUCUCUGUAAUGUCUGUCAUUGUAUGUGAAUGCGAGGGAAGACACUGUAUAUUGGAUUCUGGCCUCUUCUGUCUUUUUCUACCAGUGCCUCAAACUGUUUUUCACUCGACGCAACUAAACCCAAUGUUCUUAUGUUAACGUGUUUUUUUGGUUUUGUUUUUUAAGUCUAUUUUAAAUCCAUAGAACCACAUUUACGAGUUAUAAAUGAUUAAAAUAAGUGGUAGGGAAUAGGGUUGUCCUCGGUUUUUUUUACAUAGAUUCCAAUAGAAACGUUUUACCUGUUUUACUUUGUUCUGCUAUGUUUCUGCUCACCUGCAGUUAGCUAUGAAAGAAGUAUGCAUGGAGAAUGGCCCUCUUCGCUUACCAUCCAAUGUAAUUAAUUGUAGAUCAAUAAAAACAACAUCGCUAUUCCAUGUUUACUCUGCUUGGAGAAACGUUAUUUGUCCCACUUCUGUGGAUGUCUCAGCCCACAAAUCAAUGUAAAUGAUGAUCUCUUUGUAUGUAGUAAUAAUUGUAAAUUUAUGGAAAUAUAUGACAUUCCUCAACUUUGUCGAACUCCCACUGCAUUGUGGUAAAUGUCAAGGUAUUAAUGGGAAUGCAAAUGGAUGCAGCUCUGGGAUUAUGACCGACAAAUAAUUGAGAAUAAGAAUCACCAUUAAAACUGACUUGUAUACAAAGAUCACUUGUAUUGCGCUGGAUUUUGCCUUCUACAAACUGGUCAGUUAAGCAGUAAACCCUUUCCUGUAGAUUGAGUGACCACAAACUCAACAAUACUUAAAAGCUAGUUUAUUUCCGUACAGACUGGGUGCAGAUGAUGACAAUAUAACCUUUCACGUACACAUGACGGUACAUUGAACCAUUUAUCUAUUACAAAUAAGUUAUGUAUAUGUUCUUUGUCUACAAAAAAAUAGAAUAACUUGGUGACUGUGGGACAGCAAUCUCGAUCUCGGUGCAAGGUCUAGUUCCCCAUAGGCAGACCUCGGUAGAGGUCCUCAAUUUAUGUGAAUUUAGAAAAAAUAGAAUCAUUUGGUACCUUUUUUUUUGUUCAAUUAUUUUUUGUGCAACAAUUGGAUGCAACCCGAUAUCAAUGCAUUGAGAAACGUCACCAGAAAGUCACAUUUAUAAUAAUUUGCAUACUGUUAACCACAUUUUGUUCAGCCGAAACUAAAACCAGAGUGGUUUCACAUUGGAUUCCCGGCACAGUCUUUAAAAUGCUUGAUGCGGCUCACCCACUGAGAGUCUUAUGUGCCAGCUCUAACUCUUACAGCUGAGAGGGACUCAGACAGUGAACAUGUCAAAUCGCAAGUGGGAUCGCCACUUCUGAGACUUGUGUCGUUCUGAGCAUGGCCAGAAGGAUGACUUUGCCACUCCACUUUCUGUACUUGCU